CGUCCUCCUCUUUUCCCCCGUCUCGCCCACCCUAAUUUUAGACAGCAACAACUUCACCGUUAAUCUCCUCCCGUCCUCCGCCAUCUCUCUCUCUCUCUCCGGUUCCUGAUUCCUGCUCACGUUUUUCUCUCUCUACUUUCUCUCUCUGGUUCUUGAUCGAAUUCAAUCCCCACCUCCUUCCUUCCUUCCUCGCUUCUUCUUCCUUCUUCGUCUUCUUCGGUGGCAGACAAUCAGGGACGCUCGAGAUCUCUCUCUCUUCUCAUCUCCCUCCCCCUCCCCUCUGCAAAACCAAAAAAAAACAGGUUCUUUUUUUUUUCUUUGCCUCGACAUUCCCUCUCUCUCUAUCUCUAUCUCUAUCUCUAUCUCUAUCUAUCUCUGGUUUUUGCUCUUUUCUUGGCCUUUUGAAUUCCGGCUUCGGGAGGAUUCGAUUCGGUCCCGCUCCUCGUUUCGUCGAUUGGGCGUCCCUUCGGAGGCGGAUUGGCGGGUGGGGUUGUUGCUCCUUUUUCUUGAUUCGCGGUGGGUGGGUGUUGGGGUUUCUUCCAUUCUUUCAUUUUGCGGUUUUUUCCCAAGGGGGUGAUUUGGAUUCGAUUUCUUCCCUAACCCUAGCUCUGGUGUACAGUCCGAAGGAGGGGGAAGCGAGAGGAAGAUAGAGAGGGAGAUAGAGAGAGAUAGAGGGAGAGAGAGAGAGAUAUAUGUAUUCCAUUGAUUCUUGUUCUGUAUAGCUUACGUGAGGAUCUCACUGUAGUUCUUGAUCUUUCUUGCCGGGUUCCGGUCGUGGAGGUUUUCUCUUUUAGGGUUUCCUUCGGCCCCUUUACUGGCGAAACUCUAUGAGAUUUUCGAUGCGUUUUUUUUAGUUCGCCAUCUGAAAUUGAGGGUUUCCCACGCCGCUUCGAUCUUCCGCGUUCUUGCGUGCCCCCCAUUCCUUUUUUUUUUUUUUUUUUGUAGUUUUCGUUCCCUGCUAAUCCCAAUCGAAAAAAACCCCCAAAAAAAAAGAGAGAGAAAAGAGAGAGAAAACCAAAAAAGACUCCAGCUUUUUUGUGUAGGCAUUAGCCGGUUCUGUAGAUAAGAAGAUGGCUUUGAACUACUCUCAUCGCCCAGUUUUCGCCGCCCAUCUGCCUGAAGAUAGCAUGGUGUCCCCGAUGAGGAUUGCCAAUCGGUGCAUUGUGGAGGGUGUUUCGGAGAAUAAGGCGGAUGGUGCCGAUAGGCCCUGGCUGUUGGAGGGGGAUGUCAAGGAUUGUUUGGAUUAUGGACGGAGUAGAUGUGAUGGUGGUGGCUGCUCUCAGGAUUCGGUUUCCAGCAACAUCCUUGACGUUUUGCCUUCUGAUCCGUUCGGGAUGGAUAUAAGCACCACUUUUACGGCUCUAACCGGUUGGCUUGAGGAUUUGGAGAUGAAUUACGGUGGCUGCGCAAGAGAUUUUGCUGGGGCCAGUCCUGAUGAUUACCAGCUGUUUGCAAGAUUGAUCUGGAAUAAUGCAAUGAGAUUCCAGGCUUUUCCAGGAAUGAUUGGGUUUAAUACCGAUCCUAGUCCAGCCAGCAGCACGUGUCCUUGCUAUGGGGUGAAGGAAAGUGCGCGUGGCUCCUGUGAUGUUGCUUGUAGUUCGAUGAGUGAAUUUUCUGGUUAUCCUGAUUCCUUGGAAGCAGGAGACGCAUCUUCCUUUGAUUUGGGUUCAUCAAGUGGACAUCAUGGGUGUUCGGAGGAGGUCAUAGAGGGACAGGACCCUUGUGAUGGGGAGUUUGGAUUGACCAGUGCACUUGGGGGAUUAUCUGAGGUUAUGGAGUCGGGACAGGGAUCCUGCCAUGUUGGCUUUGAAUCAGUAAGUGGCUGCGAUCAAUGUCCUGAGGUGAUGGAAGAUGUAAAUGCACCCUACGAUCUUGGCCUCGGAUCCAUUGGUGGAUUUGGUAGGUGUUCCCUGGAGAAUGGAGUUUCUGGGGUGUCUAACAUGGAUGGCUUUUUUCAUGGAAGCAGUGGAAGCUCCAGCGUUCCUGAUAACAACCACCCAAGUAAAGGCCUGGAGACUUCUGCUGAGACUUAUUCCUUUGUCAACAGACAAAUGACUCGCUACGCAUUUUCUUUGGCUCUUGGUUAUCUGGGUGUGCGGGAUCUUCUCGCUCUUGAGAGUGUUUGCAAAUCAGUCCGGUCUACAGUUCGAAAUGAACCCUUCUACUGGAGGAAUAUACAUAUACAUCAUCCUCUGAAUGAAAAGAUUACUGAUGAAGUUCUGAUUCAACUGACUGAUAGAGCUCGAGGUAAUCUCCAGUGCUUGAGUCUGGUAGAUUGCCCAAGGAUCACUGAUGAUGGUCUGAAGCGUGUCCUUGACAGUAAUCCAAAGCUAAGCAAGCUCUGUGUACCUGGGUGCACAAGACUUAGUAUUAAUGGCAUUUUGGAUAGCCUGAGAACAUUCAAGUUGAUGGGUACCCUCAGCCUAAAGCAUAUUAGGAUUGGUGGGCGUUAUGGGGUAACGGAGGAACAUUUUGAGGAGUUGAAGUCCUUGAUGGGGAUAACAAGUGAGACACAGCAGAACCUGAAUGCCCUCAAGCCAUAUUUCUAUCACAGAGAUAGAAUGUACUUAUCAUGUGAGGAUGAUCGUACCAUUGAUAUUGAGACGUGUCCAAGAUGCCAAAAACUGAGGUUGGUCUAUGACUGCCCUGCUGAGCUUUGUCAGGGUAGGGAACAUGCGUCUCAAGCAUGUAGGGCCUGCAUACUGUGCAUAGCUCGGUGUGUUCAGUGUGGUCGGUGCAUUAAUGACAAUGAAUACGAGGAAACCUUUUGUCUGGAACUGCUCUGCUCAGAUUGUUCAAAGCAACAAUUUCUGAUGUGCCACGAGAUGGAUGGUAGCAAUGUUGCUAUCUCAGAUUCCACUGCUCACCGCGAAGACCCACAGGGCUCCUCAAUGCGUGGCUGAAGAUGAGUAAGGCUUCUCGUUGGUCUUUGGUCUAUGAGCAAUGCUGUUUUCUUUUUUGUGCCUUGCUUUUAGGAUCAAACAUUGACAAAAAUGGAAAAUGAGGAAUUAGGGGGCAAUUGAAGCUGCUUCACGUUCUCUGGCAGUCAUAUGUCAUUCUCAGUUAGCAUAAUAUGGCGCAGCUUGGAAACGGGGUGUGAAGAAAUGGUGAGGUUUUGGUCUUGGAGCUGGAGGAUCUGUUCUGAGCGUUCCCUACAUGGAAUGCUUGGUGACUGAGCCAUCCAUGUGAAACACGAUGACACGUCAGGCGACCUUGUGUUGUCAAUCUUCACAUUGUGUGUGGUUCGCGUGCAGACGGCUGUGUAUUUAUUUGGGUGCUAUCUUGAGAAAAGGGGGUUAGAAAUGGAAUAAAAAGAUCUUAUGUGUACUAUGGCAUUGGAUUGGAGGUGAUAGGACUCAACCUAGGCAAUAAUCAUCCCAAGUUUAAGAUGUCUCAAGGUGUUUCGCCAAACUGUAUAUGGCGAGCGGUUGUUGUACUUGUAUUAGUAGAAUUGUUUACUCCCUAUUGUUAUUAUGGGUUUUCACUGCCCGGAACAAAUAAAAGAAGUCAUAUGUGGAAGAUGUGUUAACAUUGUUCUGUUUACUUGUAAUUUGAACCUGUAUUCCUGUUACUGGAAUUUGCAAGUAGUAUAUGCAAUAAUUGAGGUUCUGCAUA